CUAACUCACUUCCUGAUUUACAAUGACGUAUCGGGCUGGGUUUACAAACCAGUUCUCCUAGUUCAUCCUCUCUGUCCUGUUAUAAUCCCCCCUUUGUUAGUGUGCUGGUAUGUGCAUAGUUCAUCUAUGGACUCCACCCAGUGUGAAUGACUUAAUAGACAUCCCCUUACUGGAAAGUUAAAUCUGGACAGGGUUUGCUGGCUCCACUCCUGAGCGUCUGCUUCUGUAACAGGAAAUAUGACGGCUAAAGAAGACUACAGUUCACUUGUCCAUGGUCUGUGUGGCCUGGACUUCUCUGGAGACAACAUACCUUGCCAGCUUCUCCUGACUGGUGACACGGCCUUCCCAUUGCUGGUGACACCAGCACAACAUGUCCUCCUGGCUGCCUCUAAGUAUGGGAAGGGUAAAAUAGUGGUGAUGAGCCAUGAGGCAUAUUUAAACCAACCGCAAUUCAUGGAUUUCCUUAAGAACGCUAUAUCCUGGCUGAAACCAUCUUUGGAAGCAGUAAUUGGUGUUAACAACAAUCUAGAUUACCUGGAGCAGACUCUGUCCUCCACUGGACACAGGGUAGAAAAGGUGUCGGGUCUGAAGAAAGAUCUAGGGGUGUUCUGUACUUCUGGAUAUGAUGACAGCCAGGCAGAAGAUAUUGUCACAUUCUUGAGUCAAGGUGGAGGGGUGCUUAUUGGAGCCCAAGCCUGGUACUGGUCUCAAUUUCAGCAGCAAGGGAACAUUCUGUGUGAUUUUCCUGGGAACAAAAUAACAUCAGUUGCUGGAGUGUAUUUCACCAACAAAUAUGGAGAGAAAGGGAACUUCUGUGUGAGUGGGAACAUACCAUGGAGUCCAGUGCAUAAAGUUAUACAUUUUUCAGAGGAUUUAAAGCAUCUCAUGCAAGGUGUUAAUGACCUGGACAUCAGUGGAGGAUGUGUUCCCUCAGAACUUCUUCUUCAUGGACCUCUAACAUUUCCAGUUGGGCUCAGCAACAACAAUCAAUGCUUUUUUGGUGCUGCAUACUAUGGCAGAGGACGUGUUGUUGUAGGAACACAUGAAGGCUACCUCUCCAAGCCAGAGCUGAAAACCUUCAUUCUCAAUGCUAUUUCUUGGCUAGACAUGGGCAGAAAUGGAAAAAUUGGUGUUAAGCAACUGGGAAAUCUCCUCCAGGUGUUACAGAAUGAAGGUUUAUCUUGUGUAGCUUCUGACUUGAUUCCUGGUCUCAGUGUGUAUUGCUGCAACUCGUACAGUGAUGCAGAAGCUGAAAAGAUCCAUAGAUUUGUAGCAGAAGGUGGCGGCCUGCUCAUCGCUGGACAUGCCUGGUACUGGUCUUAUUCCAACCCAAAUGUUCUUUCCCAGUACCCAGGAAAUAAAAUUCUCAACAAGUUUGGAAUUAGUAUUCUAGCACAGACAGUUGGGCAAGGAGUUUAUAAGGCUUUGGAUCCAAAAGCAGUUGAUAGUACGUACCACUUCCCUAGAGCAGCUUGCGAACUGUUAAGGGACUUGAACAGUGGAGUUGAGCUGAAACCACAUCUCAACUCUUGGUUGGACAAGCUCAGACAAGAUGUCUCAUCAUAUAUGAAGCUUCCAGCCAGCCCUCUCACCUCAUCACUACAGAAUGAACUAGCACAUCUAGUACAAGGGUGUCAUUUGCCCACUGUCAGUAAACAAUGUCCUGUGAAAAACAACUCCAAAGAGGCCUUUAUCAUGUGCUUGGCUCAAGAAGUCAGCUGCCAUAAAUGUUUGGAUGACCAUGAGGAAGGCGACACUGAUUUAUUGGACCAGGACCCUGUUACAGUUCAGAUUGAUGCCACAAACCCAGGUGCUGAUGCAUGGAGAAGUACUGGACUCUUUCUGCCCCCUGGAAAAACUGCAAUACUAAUGUUUCCAGCAUCAGCUGCUGGCCAAGGUCUUCAGGUUCAGGUUGGCUGCCACUCAGAUAACUUGAGUGGAGCAAAGGAGUUCUGUCGUGCUCCUGCGGUUAUACAUCAGAAAGAUGUUAGUGGAGAUAAAGUGAAAAUGUCUUGUGUAUGGGGAGGUCUUCUAUAUAUUAUUGUCAAAGCAAAAAGCCAGUUGGGUGUGAUACCAGUGACAGUGUGUGGUGCAGAACAAGCGCCAACAUUCAUUAAGGGUCAGACUAGCCUCUCUUCAUGGCAGCAAACAAUUCGUAACUAUCCAGCUCCUUGGGCUGAGCUUAUUACAGAAAGCAUCAUUCUUACUGUGCCCUCUGAUGCCAUCCGCUCACUAGAGGAUCCAGAAACUUUGAUGUCAUUGUGGGAUGAGAUCAUGGCAGCUGUUGCUGAUUUAGCAGCAAUUCCUAAGAAAUUUCCCCGUCCUGAAAGGAUUGUGACAGAUGUGCAGAUAUCAGCAGGUUGGAUGCAUGCUGGAUACCCAAUAAUGUGUCAUUUACAGUCAGCAACAGAAAUAACAAAUGCCGAGCACAUUAAAAAAAAUGGUUUCUGGGGACCGAUACAUGAACUUGGCCACAAUGAACAGAGGGGCAAUUGGGAAUUUCCACCUCAUACCACAGAAGCAACAUGUAACCUCUGGUCAGUAUAUGUACAUGAAACUGUCCUGCAUAUUCCAAGAGACCAAGCACAUCCUGCACUAAAGCCAAAAGACAGGGAAAAUCGAAUCCAGCAAUAUCUAAAAGAUGGAGCCAAGCUGGCGCAAUGGAAUGUGUGGACUGCUCUGGAGACCUACCUUCAGUUACAAGAAGCAUUUGGAUGGGAUCCCUUUAAAAGUCUAUUUGCAGAGUACCAGAAACUGACAAAUGUCAGUGGAAACAAUUCAGAUAAGAUGAAUCUCUGGGCGGAGAAGUUCUCUCAUGCUGUCAAUAAGAACUUGGCUCCAUUCUUCAAGUCCUGGGGGUGGCCCAUUGAAGAGAAAACCAGCCAGAAGUUAUCCACAUUGCCUAUGUGGGAGGAGGAUCCUAUGAAGAAGUACACCAGUUCUGACUAAGGGAAUUUACAGAAACCACCCUGUAUCCUAUUGUAACAAGCAGAAAUAUAAAAAUAAACCCAACCCAGAUAUAUUACUUGUUGGAAGCAUUGAAAAA